AUGGAAGAAGACGGAGGAGGCGGCGGAGGGGUGGGCUUCAUGGAGCUGCUUACUUCAGGGAAAAGCAUCUUGCUCUUCGACGGCUCUGCUUCUUCUUCGACGGUCUGUUUCAGUGGGAAACAGGAAGAAGAAAGAGAAAAAGAAAACAGCAAAGUUUCCGAGAAUUCAAAGAAGAUUGCCGGAAAGAGAUUAUCAACCUCCAUCAUGACGCCGAAAACAGAGUGCCCUGCUUCAGCUACCAGCAGCUUCGAUGGCAGCACCAAGGUCCCUUUCAUAUACAUGUGCAUUUUGGCUACGUCCAUUAUUAAACAAAUCUGUGAAUCGCAGAGGAGGAAGGAAAAGUUGGGAGAUCGAAUUACGGCAUUGCAGCAGCUGGUUUCUCCCUUUGGCAAGGUGAUUGUUAACCGUGAUUAUAUCAAUUUCAUGGCGACAUUGGCUUGA